AUGGCGAAGCCUACCAAGUCCAACAUUGGUGUGUACACCAACCCAGCCCAUGACCUGUGGGUUGCAGAAGCAGAACCAUCUUUGGAAAGCAUUGAAAAGGGAGACUCGUUGAAGCCAGGAGAAGUUACGGUGGGAAUUAGAAGCGUGGGUAUCUGCGGGUCAGAUGUACACUUUUGGCACGCUGGGUGCAUAGGCCCAAUGAUUGUCGAAGAUACACACAUACUUGGUCACGAAUCAGCUGGUGUUGUACUGGCAGUUCAUCCAUCGGUUGAUAGUCUCAAGGUCGGUGACCGUGUCGCUGUCGAGCCAAAUAUUAUUUGUGGUGAAUGCGAGAGAUGUCUUACUGGUAGAUACAAUGGAUGUGAGAAGGUCUUGUUCUUGUCGACACCACCGGUUCCAGGUCUUCUCCGCAGAUACGUAAACCACCCAGCUACUUGGUGUUACAAAAUUGGCAAUAUGUCAUUUGAAGACGGAGCGAUGCUGGAACCUUUGAGCGUUGCAUUAGCUGGCCUAGAAAGAGCCAACGUUAAGUUGGGAGACCCUGUCCUCAUCUGCGGAGCUGGUCCUAUCGGUCUCAUUACCCUCCUCUGUGCUAGAGCAGCCGGAGCUUGUCCAAUUGUUAUUACCGAUAUUGACGACGGAAGACUUGCGUUUGCCAAGGAGCUGGUUCCUUCUGUCAUUGCACAUAAAGUCGAGAGAUUAUCUCCGGAGGAAGGAGGCAAAGCUAUCGUAAAAUCUUUUGGAGGUAUAGAGCCAGCAGUUGCUAUGGAGUGUACUGGGGUUGAAAGCAGUGUCGCUGCAGCUUGUUGGGCAGUCAAGUUUGGUGGAAAAGUAUUCGUGGUCGGAGUAGGGAAAGACGAGAUGACGCUACCAUUUAUGAGAUUGAGCACUCGCGAGGUGGACCUUCAAUUCCAGUAUCGAUACUGCAACACAUGGCCAAGAGCCAUUCGACUGGUCGAGAGUGGUAUUAUCGAUAUGAAGAAGCUUGUAACCCACCGUUUCCCAUUAGAAGAUGCUAUCAAAGCCUUCGAGACGGCAGCAAAUCCAAAGACUGGAGCUAUCAAAGUUCAGAUCAAGAACGAUGAAUAA